AUGUCAGUCAGAGAAGUACACACCACCCCAUUCACUGACCAAAAGCCAGGUACAUCUGGGCUCCGUAAAAAAACGACCCGUUUCCAAAUUGAAAACUACACGGAAAACUUCAUCCAGGCUGUCCUGUAUGCCAUUCCACAGGGUGCCAAGGGCGCAACUUUAGUAGUUGGUGGUGAUGGCCGUUACUAUAACGACGUCUUUAUCAAUAUAAUUGCACAGAUUUCUGCAGCCAAUGGUGUUUUGAAGCUCAUUAUUGGUGAAAAUGGUAUUCUAUCGACUCCAGCCGCAUCAAAUGUCAUUAGAAAGUACGGCGCCACCGGCGGUAUCAUUCUAACUGCCUCCCAUAAUCCGGGUGGCCCGGAAAAUGACUGUGGUAUCAAGUAUAACCUAUCUAAUGGAGGUCCAGCGCCUGAAUCGGUGACCAAUGAUAUUUACGAGGAGUCUAUGAAGCUAACCAAAUAUAAAAUCAUGGAUCUACCGAAAAUUGACUUGAAACAUAUUGGCACUAAGAAGUACGGCCCGUUAGAAGUUGAAAUCAUUGAUUCAACUAAAGAUUACGUUGAAAUGAUGGAAGAAAUCUUUGAUUUCCCAUUAAUUAAAGAGUUCAUUGAUGAGCACAAAGACUUCACUUUUCUAUUUGAUGCCCUCAACGGUGUUACUGGCCCUUAUGGUAGGGCCAUUUUCGUUGAAAAAUUGGGACUCCCCGAAUCAACAAUUCAAAAUGCUACCCCAUUACCUGAUUUUGGCGGACUACAUCCAGAUCCUAAUUUAACCUAUGCUCGUACAUUGGUUGAAAAGGUGGAUUCCCAGAAAAUCACCCUUGGUGCCGCAUCCGAUGGUGAUGGUGAUAGAAAUAUGAUUUAUGGUUACAAGACCUUCGUCUCACCAGGUGACUCAGUUGCCAUUAUUUCGGAAUACGCAGAUUCCAUUCCUUACUUCAAGAAGAACGGUGUUUAUGGAUUAGCUAGAUCAAUGCCAACAUCUUGUGCAAUUGAUCUAGUUGCUAAGGAUAAGAAACUGAACGUUUACGAGGUUCCUACAGGUUGGAAGUUCUUCUGUGCCUUGUUUGAUUCUAACAAAUUAAGUAUUUGUGGUGAAGAAUCGUUUGGUACCGGUUCUAACCACAUCAGAGAGAAAGAUGGUCUGUGGGCAAUUGUUGCUUGGUUGAACCUCAUUGCUGCGUUUGCCAAGGAGAAUCCAUCGGCUCCAGUUUCAGUGGACUAUAUUCAAACUAAAUUUUGGGAAAAAUACGGCCGUACUUUCUUCACUAGAUACGAUUUUGAGAAUGUCUCAACUGUAGAUGCCAACAAGGUUAUUGGUAACUUAGAGCAACACAUGGCCUCUGAGAAGUUUAUUGGAUCAACUAUUGGCACCGGUAAGGUUAUCGAAGCUGAUAAUUUCUCCUAUAAAGACUUAGAUGGCUCAGUGUCCACCAAACAAGGCCUUUUCGUUAAGCUUGAUAAUGGUUUGAGGUUUGUUGUAAGAUUGUCAGGCACAGGCUCCUCCGGUGCAACUAUUAGAUUGUACUUGGAAAAGCAUUCCACCGACAAAUCAAAGGAAACGUUGGCCUUGCCUGUAGAUGAAUAUUUGAAAGAUGAUAUUUCCGCAGUUUUAAAAUUCUUAAAGUUUAAGGAAUUCAUUGGAACUGAAACACCAACAGUUAAAACUUAA